AUGUCGUCAAUUCAAAACAACGACAUGAAAACGAUUGGAUCUACUGAACCUGAUUACACUUCAGGAUCCUAUCCAUCUACAUCAUCUCUUGGUCGCACGAUGUCUUUCGGUUGGGAGAAAACAAUAAAUUCGGAAGACACUCUCUUCAACAUUCCGUCUUUGAGAACUGAUACACUGCAUUCGCUAUCUGGAAGAAACAGUCGAUCUUCGAGUGAACCACCAUCGAAACGACGGAAACUGGAAGCGGAUUGGGAAGAAAGUAAAGGGGAGAUCACUAUUGCCCAGCUCAAAGAAAUGGAAAUAAGAGGAACUCUUCUUCGACCAAUCUACGGAGACAAGUUGAGUGAACUGAAAAAUGUGCCAGUCGAGAAUAUGUUCGAUAUUCGAAAUGCUUCUCUUCCUGCAAUCAUCGUUUCCAACACGGAUACUGAGUUGACACGAGCAAUCAUACUUGAGCAAUCAUACAUUUCGACCUGUAUAGGUCGUUUUUACUGA